AUGCUCAUAUCGACGCUGAAGCUGGCCCUGGCCGGGAUUAUUGGCUGUGCGACAGCACUCACAACGACCGAAAACUCCACCCACUUCACACUCGCCAACGACCGCCUCACCGUCUCCUUCUCCAAAUCAAGCGGCCACAUCGAAGAUGUAUCCCUAGACGAACAAGACCUGCUCGGCCCUGUAGACGGUAACAUCGGCAAAGGCCCUUAUUUGGACUGUUCCUGCACCCCCGACGGAUUCUGGACACCAGGCGAUAGCACCACAGCAGAACUCGAGCUGGUCAAUGGCACCGACUCAACAGGAACCCCAUACGCCGGGGUUAUAAUGACAGAUACAUACGCGUCCACGAACCAAACACUCUCGCAGUAUCUGUUCCUGCGCGGCUCCGAGACCGGCCUCCACGCUUUCUCGCGCGUGACGUAUUUCAACAGCAGUACACCCUUCCUGCGAGAUCUCGGCGAGUUACGGACCCUAUUCAGACCAAAUACAGAGCUAUGGACCCAUUUCUCGACAAGCGAUACCAAUUACGGACCCCUGCCUCUAUCCAGCUCCCAGGGGUUAACCGUCCAAGAUGCAACAACGUACUACGGCAACACCACAACCGACCCCUACGUCUCAGAGUACUCAGACUAUUUCACCAAGUACACCCUCGCCGAGAGCUGGCGCGCCCACGACGUGCACGGGCAAUUCAGCGACGGCUCCAAAAGCGAUGACGGGAGUACAUUCGGGGCGUGGCUGGUGCAUAAUACGCGCGAGACAUACUACGGCGGACCCCUGCAUUCGGAUCUCGUCGUUGACGGGAUCGUGUAUAACUAUAUUGUCUCGGGGCAUCAGGGGGCUCCGAUGCCGAAUCUUACGCAUGGUUUUGAUCGCACGUUUGGGCCGCAGCUUUAUUACUUUAAUAAAGGCGACCCAGAUACGGAACUGAGUGAAUUGAGAGAGGAUGCGGCGCGGUAUGCGGAUUCGGAGUGGAAUGCGGAGUUCUAUGAUAGCAUUGCAAGGCAUAUUCCGAAUUUCGUUCCGUCGGCUGGUCGUACGGCUUUUACGGGGAGGGUGGGCUUACCUAAAGGCGCGAAGAGGCCGGUUAUUGUUCUCUCGGAGAAUAGGCAGGACUUUCAGUUGAAUGUUUUCGAUAACAGGGCUCUGCAGUACUGGGCUGAGCUUGACGACUCGGGGUCCUUUUCUAUUCCGCGGGUUGUGCAGGGGACGUAUAGAGUUACGAUCUAUGCGGAUGGUAUUUUUGGAUGGUUUAUUCAGGACGAUGUCGAGAUAUCCGGGUCAUACUCGGACAAGCAUACAUUUACAUGGAAAGAGGAAAGCGCUGGCAGCGAGAUCUGGCGCAUUGGCACCCCAGACAAGUCGUCAGGCGAGUAUCUGCAUGGCUACGCACCGGAUCUAUCAAAGCCCCUGCAGCCAGAACAGUACCGGAUCUACUGGGGGAAAUACGACUACGUGGCGGACUUUCCACAUGGCGUCAACUACCGUGUCGGAAAAAGCGAUCCAGCAAAGGAUCUGAAUUAUAUCCACUGGUCGUUCUUCCCAGCCCAGGGUAACCAGUUCCGAUCACAGCCGUACUACGAGAAUGUCAACAACUGGACCAUCACGUUCGAUCUGACCAAGCAGCAGCUUCGAAACACCAAGACUGCUACAUUCACCGUCCAGCUGGCGGGGUCGAGAAAUGCAAACGGGAAUGCCAAAUGGACGCCGGUGGAGAGUGGGUUCAACGAUUUACCAUGGACGGUCAAUGUCAACGGGCAGUACGAGGACACUUGGGUGAUUCCAUACUGGCGGAGUGGAUCGUGUGGUGUGCGCAGUGCAGUUACUUGUCAGAAUACCGAGCACAAGUUUGUCUUUCCUGUUGAGAAGUUGAAGAAAGGAAGCAAUCGGUUUGUGCUUAGUUUGCCGUUUAAUGCGACCAGUCCGGAGACUGCGCUGCUGCCGGACUCGCUUUAUGUGCAGUAUGACGCGUUGAGGUUGGAGGUACAGUGA